GCCUUUGGUCCUGGGGAAGGUUGGCUUGUCUUGGUGGGUGGGGACGGUCAUUAUCAGCUUUCUGGACACACAGACAGAGACAGACAGGAUGGACUUCCUCCGGCUAUACCUCCCUGGGCUGCACCAGGCCUUGAGGGGGGCACUGGAUUCCCUCGGCACCUUUGUCUCCUACCUCCUGGGAGAUGCAGUCCCCACUGUAGAGCGGGAGGCGCAGGCGGCUGAGGAACUGGGGGCGGUGGCGGUGGGAAAGACAGGGAAGACUGUAGAGGAGGAAGCCCAGGAGGACCUGGAGGGCCUUAGAGGCAGCCAAAACGAGGGGGCUGGAAGGCUGAGAGGGCCUGGAGAUGACAGAAGACGUGAAGUGGGGAGCUCAGCUGUAGAACAGACCUGGGGCUGGGGAGAUGGCAGCUCCCAUGGGUCCCAAGCAGAGAGGCAGGACAGUGGGGCUGGGGAGACAGCCAAGGCUGCCAGGUGCCAGGAGCCAAGCGCCCACUUGGAGGCCAGAAAGAAAUCCAAGGCAGGGUCUGGGGCUUGCCAAGACAGGAGCGGCCAAGCCCAGGAGAGGCAGGAGUCCCAUGAGCAGGAAGUGAACAGAGAGGAGAGGCUGAGAAGCUGGGAACAGGAGGAGGAGGAGGAAGAGGUCAGGGCAAGAGAGCCAGGGAUGGCCAGAGGGGCGGAGUCAGAGUGGACCUGGCAUGGGGAGACGGAGGGGAAGGCUGGUGCUGUUGGGCCAAAGGCGGCAGGGGACAACCGGGAGAUGGAGCAGGGGGUCAGGGAGGCAGAUGCAGGGGAAACUGAGGAGCCUGGGGCCGAAGGGCCUGGGAAAGGAGAAGAGGUGGUAGUGGUGGAGAAGGCCUGUGAAAGCACUAGGGCAUGGGGGACGUGGAGCCCAGGGGCAGAGCCUGAGGACUGGGGAAUCUUAGGCAGAGAGGAGGCCAGGACAACCCCAGGUAGGGAAGAGGCCAGGGCAAUUUUAGAUGGGGAGGAAGCCAGGACAAUCUCAGGCGGGGAGGAGGCUGAGACAGCCUCAGGCGGGGAGGAGGCUGAAACAGCCUCAGGCGGGGAGGAGGCCGGGACAGCCUUGGGAGGGGAGGAGGCUGGGACAGCCUCGGGAGGGGAGGAGGCCGGGACAGCCUCAGGAGGGGAGGAGGCCGGGAUAGCCUCAGGUGGGGAGGCUGGGACAGCCUCAGGAGGGGAGGAGGCCGGGACAGCCUCAGGAGGGGAUGAGGCCUGGACGACUUCAGGCAGGGAGGCUGGGACAGCCUCGGGAGGGGAGGAGGCCGGGACAGCCUUAGGAGGGGACAAGGCCUGGACGACCUCAGGCAAAGAGGAGGCUGACCUGCUGGGAGUCAGACAGACAGAAUAUGGAGCAGUCCCAGGAGAAAGGCUCCUAGAGGCCACUGGAAAAGUCUGGGUCCUAGAGGAGGAGGGGGAUGAGGAGAGAGAGGCUGAGGUGAGCCCUUUCCCCAAACAGGCCCAGGUCCUGGGCACUGAAAGAACAGAAGAGGCUGCUGAGAGCCAGACCGCAGGGAGGGAGGCUGUGGGAGGCCAGGAGGCAGGGGAGAGCUUUGAGGGCCAGGUAGACCUGCGUGGUAAGGAGGCUGAGAUGAGGCAGGACUUGGAGAUCAGGGCCGACCGGGCCAGGAUGGAAGAGCUGGUACAGGCAGAGGAGGCCCAGGAGGAGAGAGGGAGAGGCAGGGAUCCAGUGGCUGAGCUGCCCUCAGAUGGAGAGGCUGAAGGCGCUGCCGACUUGGAGGCAACUCCAAAGGCCAGGCCUGAGGAGGAGCUCACAGGGGAGGAGAGUGAGGUGGCCCAGACUAGCUGUGGCCCACUGGGGGUGGAAUGGGGUGGCCUCACACACAGCAUCACCAAAGGUCAGGGACCUGAGCUGAUGGGGGGCACCCAGACCCCAACUAAGCAACCCGAGGAAAGGGAGGCAGGGGAGGUGGAGCUCAUGGGAGUUCUGGCCCUGAGCAAAGAGGAGCAGGAGAGGAGCCUGGAGGCAGGUCCCAGGCACACGGGGUCUGUAAAGCCUGAGGCCUCCGAGGCCUUCCCAGGAGCCUGGGAAAACCGCACGAGAAAGGACGUGGAGAGAGGAAAUACUCAGGAGGUUGCGGCCGAUGGCGAGCAGCGGGAGGAGGAGGAGACUGCGGGAGGCCAGACCCUGGCGGCUGAGGCUGAAGGAGGCCGAGAGUCUGAACUAUCAGAAGUCCCAGAGGCAGGCGGGGAGGGGCUGACAACCCAGGACGCGGGAUGUGGAACUGAGGAGGGAGAGGCGUCUGUCUCAGAGAACCAGGAGCUGGACGGAAGCACAGGGGCAGACGCAGGGCCUUGCCCGUCACUGGGAGAGGCCUAUGCCAGAGAAACUGAGGAUGAAGAGGCGGAGGCUGACAGAACAUCCAGAAGAGGCUGGAGCCUGCAAGCGGUGGCUGUGGGCCUCCCGGACCGUGAGGAUGCACAGACUGGCUCUGUGGCUGCUGGGAUUAUGGGGGGUGAGGUGGUCCCAGACAUCAGUGCUGCUGGCGCUGGUGAAGCUUUGGAAGGGGCGCUUGGGCAAGGCUGGGACUCGAGAGAAAAGGAAGAGGCAGCAGCAGGAGAGCAUGCAGGUGGGCAAGAAUUUGGUCUGGAGGGCUCAGCAGAGGAAGAGGUGACUGGCAGAGGCAGCCAAGUAGAGGCUUUUGAGUCCAGGGAGGGAGGACCUUGGGGAGGGCGGGUAGAGGCCGAGGAAUCUGCAGGCGCAGAGGACAGCUGUGGGCUGGAUCCCGCGGGCUCCCAGACAGCGAGGGCAGAGGGGAUGGGAGCCAUGGUGGAGGCUGGGGGGCUUCUAGAAGAGUGGACGCUGUUGGAAGAAGAGGCUGUUGGAUGGCAGGAGAGAGAACAGAGGGAAGACAGUGAGGGGCGGUGUGGGGACUACCACCCUGAGGGAGAGGCACCAAGGCUCCUUGAUGCAGAGGGUCUCAUGGUGACCGGGGGCCGGAGGGCAGAGGCCAAGGAGACUGAGCCAGAAAGCCUGGAACACGUCAGGGGCCAGGAGGAGCAGCCAACACACCAGGCCCCUGCAGAAGCUGCACCGGAGUCAGUCGGGGAAGCCGAGACGGCUGAGGCCAUGGGCAGUGCCAGAGGAGGUGCUGCCAACAGCUGGAGCGAGGCCCCGCUCCCCGGGUCCCUCCUAGACGUCUCUGUCCCAAGGAGUCGCGUGCACCUCUCGAGAAGCUCCUCACAGCGUCGCUCCCGGCCCUCUUUUCGUCGGACUCCGGCCUGGGAGCAGCAGGAGGAGCCCCCAGCCCCCAACCCUCCUGAGGAGGAGCUGUCAGCUCCUGAGCAGAGACCCCUCCAGCUGGAGGAACCCCUGGAGCCAAGCCCUCUGAGGCAUGAUGGGACCCCGGUGCCAGCCAGGAGAAGGCCCCUGGGACACGGGUUUGGCCUCGCGCACCCUGGCAUGAUGCAGGAGCUGCAAGCCCGUCUGGGCCGGCCUAAGCCCCAGUGACUGAGACCCGGUGCUCUGGGAGCCAGGCCCUGAGUGGGUGCCAGAAGGCUUGCUCCAAUGCCACUGAGCCCUGCUCCUUCUGCCACUGUGGACACAUCCUCUCCACCCUCUGGGCCUCAGUGUCUUGAUGUAUCAUUCAUGGAGCAGGCAAAACCAGACGUCUGGGAAGACCGUGAACUUAAGGAGUCUGAUUCUCCAACACAGGCUGGUGGACCACCUACCCCACUGAGACCACCUCUCAGGGUGCCUGCCCUGGUUCCUCCCCAGCCUGAGUCAGCUGUCUGGACUGCAAGGAGGCUGGGCACGGGGGCUCAUGCCUGUCACCCCAGAGCUUUGGGAGGCCAAGGUGGGAGGAUCGCUUGAGACCAGGAGUUCGAGACCAGCCUGGGCAGCAUAGCAAGACCCCCAUCUUUUAAAAACAAAAUAAAACAAUAAAGACUGCAAGGAAGACUGAGGGAA